GUUAUUCUGGCUCCAACAUAUUUUUCCAAAUGAAACUCAGUUGCGCGAAAAACUCUGGUGCUAAUCACAAAAUACAAUUUGUAUAAAAAUUUACGUAACAACACGCGCGACUGACGACUGUAAUUCUGAUACAACUUGGAAAUUUUAAAUGUUUGCCACCGACAUUUCGAAAAUCGCGCUCAAAACAGGCGUCGUCCAGGCACCGCGAGAGCUGCCACUGCAUAUCGAUCAAACUGUUGGCACGCAGUUAUUCCCAAGCUGCUGCACGCACAAACGCGACUCGCUGGUGCUGCCCUCAAGAGAUGAAGGUGUUUGACGAAUAUAUUCCAUGGCAUCAUGCAGAGGUGUUGGCUGCAAGGGCAAUGUAUCACCCAGAACACUAAUCCGCAAUCCAUUGGCAACAGAAGCUACACGGGAACGUUUGCGGCAGUUUUUUGAAGAUUGUUCAUUAGACUCUGCUUUAGAUGAGCUGGCGUUUUGGGAAAUGUGUACUGAUGUUGUUGCAAAGUCUGAUAACUUUUCUAAUGGGUGGCUGUCUCGUUUGAGGGGUGCUGGCUACCGUAGGCGAGACUUAAUGAGAGAUGUCAACGUGCUGGUGCGCUUUGCGCAGGACCAUGCUCUCAACUUUGAUAUGGGCCAAUUAGAUGAUUUGGAACAAGCAGCAAACUCUGCCCGUUUACCUGAAACAGUAAAAGUUGUUGAGUCUUCUCGUCGGCAUGUUGAAGUUUUGCUGGAGCCAAAGCUGGAAGCAUUUCGGAAAGAAAUGAGACGUCAACAUAAUAUGACCUAAUUGGUUCAGCCAGAAGAUAUAUUCUUACUGGAAUAACGCCACCCAUGUUCCUAUGACAGUCAUGUAUUUCGAAUGAAGACAUUACAUGUUGGACUGCUACAAAUUGUCUGUGAUAUUAACCACAAUGGAGAAAAAAGUGACGAGUUGGACAAGUUUAAUUAACUCAUGUAUAAGAUGUUAUUUGAGUGACACAUUACCACUCAAAACCAUGUUUUGAAUAUGUUGCUUCAUUUGUAGCUGAUUGUAGUGUGCUGUGAUCUACAAUUUGCUCUUAAAUUUUAUUGUGCCUUUUUAUACGAGUAUGUACAUCAUAAAACAUAGUCUAAUGCACAGCAAAUGACAAAUCCUACAAGAUAUUACUUUUGAGAAAAAAUUUAACUGUUAAAUUACGUUGGAUUACAAACUAUUACAGAAAUAAAUUUUUUUGUGCUGUUAA